AUCAAAUUUGGAUUUAAAAGACUAAAUAGCUGAUUCAUCAUCAUCAAAAACUACAACCAUACCAAAGGACAUUUUAUUUUAUGAGGAUACAUCUUUUGAACAAUCAUUAAUACUUGAUUUAUCAAAAAUGGAUUUAAAAGACGAAAUAGCUGAUUUGUCAUCAUUAAGUAGUUCUAUGAUUCAAAAAUUUAGUUUUCUUACAACUACUAUACCAUUUGAAUCAAGCCCCGCAUUUGUAUUAUCAAAUUUAUCUGUAAAUAAUUUUCUAGUUACGAGCAUUAAAACUUAUAUGUUACCAAUUCAUUCCCCAAGUUUGGGUUAUAUAGCACAAUUGGAAAGCUGGUCUUUACAAACUGAUGAAAAUUUGUUAACAUCAACAUUUAAUAAUGAUAUUGAUAUUUAUACCAAUAUUGAAUCAUUGACAAUAAUAGAUGAUUUUGCAACAAAUUGGUUUUAUUGUUCAAAUCCAAUAAUGCCCACAAAAUAUUGUGAUUGUAAUGUUAUGAGGCUAACUAAAAAUAUAUCCACAAAGUUUUCAAAAUCUGUAUGCGUAGAAGAUAGAGAAAUGUUAGAAGAACAAAACGUGUUAAGAUUUCUUCAAUUAUUUCAACAGGAGCCAACACUGCCAGAUAUAUAUAUUUUGCAUAAUAUUCAGGUCUGAACGUUUGUUAAAAUACAAUUUUUUUGGAAAUAAUUUUAUUGGUAUGGUAAAAUCUAUCUAAAGAGAUAUUUAUCGGAUCAAGAAAAAAUGUUUUUACUUUAUCAGUGGGUAGAAGACUAGAGGACACACAGAUAUACAGAAUUAUAACAUAUAAUUUGAGUUAUGAUAGGUCUUAUAUACUAUUUUAAACCAAUACGUAGGUAAUUGAUUUGAAUUUUAGAUUCUGAGCAAAGGGAUGAAUAUAUUUAUUUUACGAUGAUGUGUCUGUUUUUUUUUAAUUUAAUUUUUGUGUCUGUGUACAUAGGACAUAAGUAAGUAGAUAAGUAGGUAGUUGAAAUAAUGCUUCAAUUUUCAACUUCUGUAUCUUUUACGGUGGAAAAGUGAAUCUAGGUAGUACAUUGGGUACAUUGAUAUGAGCCAACAUUUUAGGGUUUCAUUGUAUUCUUACUUAUAAGGUACUAUUUUUAAUAUUUUUAUAUACAUUUCGGUUUUUACGAUAAUCAAUAUUAUACUGUAUAUUACACCACCAGCACAGAGUAGAGACAAGUAUGACCACUAGUGUCUAGUGACACUAGUGUGCUGUGUGUGUUUUUGUCUUUCGAGCAUUUGAGUCAGUCGCCGGUGAUAUGUUUUUCCUUAUAGUGUUAGUAAUGUGUAAUAGAAAGAUUUUUCACGAUUAUUAUUAUUUAUUCACAAAUAAUGUUUAGUAUAAAUAUUGGUAUUGCCCUUAGAAUUUUAAUGACAAUGCCAGUAACUUUGGCAUGUGCCGAGAGAAGCUUUUUGAAAUUGAAAUUAAUUAAAUCAUAUUUGAGAAACAAAUUAAGUCGAGAAAACCUUUCUGAUCUUUCAAUAAUUUCAAUAAAAAAAAAUAUUUCUGAAUCUUUAGAUUAUGAUGAUAUCAUAAAUCAGUUUGCUGCUAAAAAAUCAUGAAAAGUAAUGUUUUGAAAAUAUGUAUUAAUUUUAUGACAAAUGUAAUCAAUAAUUUUUAUUGUUUGUUAAUAUUGUUCCGCCUGAUAUAUUGA